AAUCUCGUUCUAAAAGGGAUGUUAACAACAAUGUUGAAGAAUACCGCCCCUGUUGAAGUAAUUCACGAAGACGAGGUUGGAAAGGCACCUCAAACUGCAGGAGAGGAGGUCAUCGAUGAGAAAGACGAGAAAAUACUGCAUUUGGAAACAGAAAUACAAAGACUGAAUAGUGUUGUUAGAACUUUGAAGAGGUGCAAAAACGAGCAGUCAGCAGAUAUUAAACGCCUUAGGAUUUUCAUUAAAGCCUCAGAAUUCCACAGAAAUAAUUUGGAGCAAAAGCUUAGGUGCAUUUUCACCAACUGCCAGAUUGAAAAAUUAAGGGAUGGAAAUAAACGGCGGAAUUGGAAAGAAGAAGACAUAGCUAAGUCGAUCACGCUAUAUUCAACGAGCCCGAAAGAGUAA